CAGUCUGGGGUGAUCGCUGGCCGAGUGAAUUUCAAAGUGUAAAAAAAAUUAACUGAUAAUUUUUUGCAAAAUACACAAAAUAACAUAAACGGAAGUCUGUUAAUUAGUGAUUAAGUUAUUAUGGCCGAGGCACCCAAAAUUAUUGAUCUUCCCUCGGUGAUUGAGCCCCAUUUGGAUGGCGGCAAAUUAAUCUCCUACACUAGUCGCUAUCUCACCAAGGCCGGAGAAAACUAUGGCAGUAUUAUGUUGGCGGUUAUUGCAAAUAUUCAAAAACCCUCGGGAGAAAUUGAAGAUUUACCCUUGGUGGCCAAAUUGCCACCUAUUACCAAUGAUUUCUUCUGGAAGUUAUUUAAGCCAGAACGCACCUGUCUUACCGAAAUCGUAUUCUAUAGAUACCUGAGUGCUGCUUUGCGUUCCAUGCAAUUGGAAGAGGGCAUUGAGGAAUCCCAGCUAUUCGAUGGUUUUCCUCAAUACUAUGGCAGUCGUAUUUCCCUAAAUCCCGAUACUGAACUUGUGGACAGAGAUGCCGUAUUGGUUCAGGAAAAUCUACAGACAAUGGGAUUUAAGGCCGGCAAUCGCCAUGUCAUGUUUAAUUUGGAACAAACCAAAUUUGUAUUACUCGAAACAGCCAAAUAUCAUGCCUUACCCUUGGCUCUGAGAAUUAAGAAACCAGAAGAAUUCAACCAACACAUACGACCAUACAUUAGGAGGUUCAAUAUGAAUGGAGAUAUGCCAGCAGAAGUCAAGGAACAAUUGAAUAGUGACUUGUUCACCGAAGUUGCCUUGGCCACCAACAACAAUGACAACUAUGUUAACAGAUUUAGGAAACUAAUGAAGGAUUAUGAUGAUUUCUUCUAUAAACCAGAUGCAGAGGAUGGAUUGUACACAACCGUGGCACAUUGUGAUUUGUGGAUUAAUAAUUUAAUGCUGAAAUAUGAUGAAAAUGGUGCUCCCUGUAAAAUCAAAUUUGUGGACUUUCAAAUUGCCCAGUACGAAAGUGUGGCCCAUGACAUUAUAUUCUUUUUAUUUUCAAGUGUUGAAAUACCAGCUUUGGAAAAUCACAUGGAUGAGUUGUUGCUGUUGUACUACAAGGCAUUUAUAGAUUGCCUAAAAUCUGUGAAUGUGCCAACUGAUGAAUAUUCCUUUGUGGGUUUUAUGAAAGAAAUCCACCGCUGCGCUCCAAUCGAAAUAUGUCAUGCAGUUUUUAUGGCUAAAAUUAUUUUAGCUGACAAUAGCACUAUGCCCGAUGAUUACAAGGACAUGGGCAUGGAUGUCAUGAGUAAGAAUUUGGGCGGAAAGGAAAUAUCGGAGAAAAUUGGCCAUAUUAUACGUUUGGCUGAGAAAUACAAGUUUUUAUUUGAUAACUAAAUCCGUUAGCAUAUUGUUAUUAUAUUUGCUAUCAAUGGCGAAAUAAACGACUUUUGGCAAUAUAUUUUACUAUA